GCGGGGCCGGGAUCUCGCCAAUCCCGCGUCUCCCAGCAGCGCCAGGACAGCGCCAGUGAUCCCGGCGCCAAAGACGCUCCACACCGCUCUCAGGGAAGGUGUGCUCCGCCUCCGCGACCGCUGGUACUGCCCCGUCCAUAUGAUCGCCUUCUCCAGCGUGUCCACGCGAUACAACCACGCGCAACACACCGCGGCCCCGACAUGGCGGACGGCCAGCACAACCUCGGCUUCACGUCGUCCGCGGCGGACAUCCCCAUGGGCCUGCAGGCGUCCGAUCGGGUGCAGCCCCAGACUGCGGCAGUGUCUGCGAACGGCGGUGGACGCGAUGCACAAGCCGACGCCCUGAAACGGCGGAAGGACAUCGAGGCAGAUGAUUAUGAUCCUCAUGACCACCAACAAGUCGCUCACCCGACCACAAAUAUGGACACCCUGUUCCACUUGCUGAAGGGCUGCUUCGGCACCGGCAUCCUGGCCAUGCCCGAGGCCUUCAAGUACGCCGGCUACGUGGUGGGGACCGUGGGCACGGCGGUCAUCGGCUUCGUCGCCACCCUGGCCGUGCACAUGCUGGUGGACUCGGAGUACGAGCUGUCCAAGAGGCGCAGGGUGCCGACGCUCACCUACCCCGAGGUGGGGCAGGCCGCCCUGGAGGACGGCCCGGUGCGCACGCGCCGCUUCGCCAAGUCGUUCCGCGGCAGCAUCAACACGUUCGUGCUGCUCAACCAGAUGGGGGCGUGCAUCGCCUACAUCAUCUUCAUAGCCAACAACAUCAAAGACAUCGUGGACUACUACAACGUCGACGGCACCCCGAUGGACCACCGCCUGUACAUGGUGUACGUCACCAUCCCCCUCAUCCUGCUGAGCUGGGUGCGCGACCUCAAGUUCCUGGCGCCCUUCUCCACCAUCGCCAUGUCCAUAACGCUGGGCAGCUUCGCCGUCAUCCUGUACUACGUGUUCAGGGCCAUCCCCGCCGUGCAGGACAAGCACGCCUUCGGCAGCAUCGCCGACUUCCCGCUCUUCUUCGGCACGGCCAUGUUCUCGCUCGAGGCCAUGGGGGUGAUGAUCCCCCUGAAGAACGAGAUGAAGAACCCCAAGGCGUUCGGCGGCAAGAUGGGCGUGCUGAACCGCGCCAUGGUGCCCAUCGUGGUGCUCUUCAUCUGCGUCGGCCUGUUCGGCUACCUGCAGUACGGCGAAGCCGUGCAGUCCAGCGUCACGCUCAACCUGCCGCCCGAGGAGAUCCCGGCCCAGUGCGUGCGGCUCAUGAUGGCGCUGGCCCUGUUCGUGUCGCACGGCCUCAUGAACUACGUCAACUUCGAUACCAUCUGGAACAACUGGCUGCUGCCCAAGUGCGAGGCGCGCAAGAUGUCGAGCCGUCGGCAGCUCCUGUACGAGUACAUCGUGCGCACGUCCAUCGUCGUGGUCCAAUUCGCGGCAGGCGCCGCCUUCAACAACCUGGGCCUGGUGAUCUCCCUGGUGGGCGCGCUGUGCCUGUCCCUGAUCGGCCUCACCUUCCCCGCCAUGAUCCACCUGGCCACGUUCUGGGACUCGUGCGGCACCAAGCGCGCCUUCGCCUGGCUCGUGGUCAAGGACGGCUUCAUCGCGGUGCUGGGCUUCGCCGCGCUCGUCAUCGGCACCUCUACCAGCAUCAGGGACAUCGUCAAGAGCUUCGACAGUUAGCUCUUUGUGUAAAGACGUAUCGUUUUGUGUGAAAGUGUAAGUUGUAUGUGUGCGUGCGUCUGUGUGAGUGUAUGGGUGGACAUCGUGUGCAAUCAGUACGAGCCGCAGCGCAGUGUGUGACGCUUCCGCUUCCCUCCCAGUUCGGUGGGCGAAGCGCGAAAGCCAUAAAGGCUGUACUUUCCCUCGCCAAUAAUGUGUUAUGAUCGACUGAUCAACUUAACCAGAAGACUGAACUGAUUUGUUACUUAAUAUAAAAGAGGGAAUUUUCGUGACUGGAAGGACGAGUGUCCUCUCGCCCCAGUUGUGGCAUAAAAAGUGCAAAUAAAAAUAAAGCCGUGUUUCUACAACGGG